CCACAGGAAAUGAUAUGUUAUCACAAGUACGUGGCGUAUCAAAUCCCCUUGGAAAACAUUUCCUCAACUCAACUUGAUUACAAUAUACAUUUGCAUGGAGCUUAAUAUGCAUAUCUAAUUUGAGCUAAUGGGCAGUGCCAUUAUUCCCACCAUCGAUCUUUCUCCAUUGAUCGCUGCAACCGAGUAUACGAAAUCGCAAGCGGCAGGAACGGUGAAGAGUAACAGACCUGUUAAUAAGAUAGGAACAGAGACGGUGAAGAAAGAACUUAGCAGAGCAUGCAGAGAAUAUGGAUUUUUCCAAAUAGUGAACCACGGUAUACCCGUAGAACUUCUGAACCGAUCACUUGAACUUGCCAAGACGUUUUACGGAUAUCCUGAUGAGGAGAAGAUGAAGCGUGGUCCGGGAGCUCCUCCCAAGGGUGGGUUCACGAAGAACCCCCAACAUUUGCCUGAUAGGAACGAGUUCAUGUACAUUUUUGAACCUGGUUCUCCCAAAAAUGUGAUCCCUGAAAAUCCACCUCAAUUCAAGGAAGUGCUGGAGGAUAUCUUUCCCCAGUACAGGAACUUAGCUUCCCUCAUAGAGGACAUUAUAAAUGAUUGUUUGGAACUGCCACCAAAUUUUCUGAAAGAGUAUAAUGAUAGCAGGGACUACGAUCACCUACUAUCAUUGCACUACUUGCCAGCCUCUGAUUUUGAAAACUCAGGAAAAGUUGAACACGAGGAUGGAAACAUAGUGACCUUUGUGUUACAGGAUGAUGUUGGAGGUUUAGAAGUACUUCAUAAAGGUAAAUGGAUCCCGGUACCUCCAGCUCCAAGCACAUUAGUCGUCAAUGUAGGGGACACGCUCCAGGUGUUAAGCAACAACAGAUUUAAAAGUGCGACGCACAGGGUGGUGAGACAGAAAGGAACAACCAGGAACUCAUAUGCAUUUUUCUAUGUUUUGGACGUGGACAAGUGGGUAGAGCCAUUACCCCACUUCACCACACAUAUUGGAGAGCCACCACAAUACAGAGGAUUCUACUACAAGGAUUUUGUUCAGGGCAGGAUACAGGACAGGCUGAAUCCACCGGCCAGGUUGGAAGAUCGUUUCUGUAUUAAGCAUUAUGCAAUUUCCACUUCUAGUGGAGCAUAGUAUUCUAGGGAAUAGCUUCUUUAUAGUCUUCCAAUUAAAUAUGGCAUCAUACUUCAUUUACUUCUUUAUAUAUGUCACUCUUAUAUGAUAUCUAUUCAUCCAAGUGCUGGCCUUGUAUUGGCAAAAUUAUGUUAUUUGCUCGGGAGCACCUUUUAAUAGGUUUGCUGAAUUUGGCACAGAAUAAUAUUUAAAUUAUCAUUAAACUACUUUAUUAAUAAUUACAUGUGAUCAGUAUUCUAAAAAUUCUUGAUUUAACUGAUUAAUCUCCGACUAAUCCCUGUAAUGUUCGUACCCAUUUGGGUACUAAGGGUGGGUUGAUAACCCACAGCGGAAGGCAUUCUAUCCAAUAAGGCGGAUACUUCCGAUCCUGCUUGGACGAAACGGAAGAUAUUGUCGAUAAAUAGAAG